GACGUCACGGCCCCGAUCCAAGUUCCAAGCGUCGUCCGCGACAGUACCUUAGUACCUUGGUAUACAGAGUACGUCUACUCAGAACCACAUCAUGCUUGAACUAGGCACGUCUCUGCAUUAGUAGGAGGAACCUAGACACGAGCCGUCCCGUCGUCUGCCCCCCUCCCCCGUUUUGUCUAUCCCCAUGUCUUGCCCGCUUCGGCAGCGAGACACGGAUGAGAGGCACCGACCAGAGGCCACAAGCAGACGAAAGCAGGUCGGCGAGAGGAGUUCAGAUUGCAUUUCCCGGAUGAUCUCUCCUUCUUCUUCUCAAGCCAAGCUGACUAUCAUGAGACUUGUGCCAGUUCUGAUACAUCUCCUAAGCUCCGCCGUCGUCGUGGCAUCCUCCUCUUGCUCACCGUCACCUCCCAACAUGACUGUGGUCGACAUCCACACGCACAUGUACCCGCCCUCGUACAUCAAGAUCCUCGAGUCGCGGUCCUCCAUCCCUCUCGUCCGGUCCUUCCCUCAGUCCCCAGAUCCGCGCCUCAUCCUUCUCCAAGCCGAGGUCGAGUCCCUCGAUGAUGCUCUCGCGAACAAACCUGGCGCCAAGGUCCCUGGCCGGCCUCUCACCUCCGACUAUACCUCGCUCGACCAAAAGGUCCGCUUCAUGGACGCCCACCGCAUCGAUGUCUCCGUCAUCUCCCUCGCAAAUCCCUGGCUCGACUUUCUCGACGCAAACAUUUCCGGCAAUGUCGGCGCCGAGGUCAAUCAGGAGUUUUCCGACAUGUGCGCCAGACAUCCAGGGCGUCUCUUCUACUUCGGCACCCUGCCCCUGACAGCGCCCCUCGACGCCAUCCGCGCUUCCAUAGCUCAGCUCAAGACCCUCAAGUACUGCCGUGGCGUCAUCCUUGGGACCUCGGGCCUUGGCAAUGGCCUCGACGACCCGAACCUGCUGCCCAUCUUCGAGGCCGUCGCGGCGGCGGGGCUCACCGUUUUCCUGCACCCGCACUACGGCCUCCCAAACGCCGUUUGGGGCCCUCGGGCGGCCGACUAUGGGCACGUUCUACCGCUCGCCCUCGGCUUCCCCAUGGAGACAACCAUUGCCGUCACGCGCAUGUACCUCGCCGGCGUCUUCGACAGGGUGCGCGACCUGCGAAUGCUGCUCGCCCAUAGUGGUGGCACCCUUCCCUUCCUCGCGGGUCGCAUUGAGAGCUGCAUUCUGCACGACGGCCAGCUUGUCGCCGAGGGCAAGGUCCAGCCGGGCCGCCGUACCGUCUGGGAUGUGCUCAAGGAGCAGGUCUAUCUCGACGCCGUCAUAUACUCCGAGGUCGGCCUGAAGGCAGCCAUCGAGGCGAGCGGCGCGGACAGGCUCAUGUUUGGUACCGAUCACCCGUUCUUCCCGCCGCUUCAGGCUAACGAAAAGGGUCUGUGGGAGAGUGUGAGCUUGAACGCCGAGGCCGUGACCAAGGCUGUGGGCGAGGGAUCCGCAGAGGCCAAGGCCAUCAUGGGUGGCAACGCCGUCCGCAUCCUGAGGUUGCAUGAAGAAGCCUAGAGCCCAAUAACCGCCCAGCUUCUAAUCCGCUCAUGUCGAUUUCUUGCUCCCAAGUGAUGACGAUUCGGUGCGUGCAGGUCGUAGAGCCAUAGUUGUGUGUCUAUUUGCGUCUGAGAAAUAAAAUCGCUUCGCUUCGGGGUAUGAUGGGUAUCUCAAAUGGCUGCCGUCUCGCGCUGGUACUUGGCCUCGGCGUCAAAAAUCCUCCUCCGCGCGUCCUGGACGCCCUUCUCCGCAUCUUGCAGCUCCUUCUCCGUCGCGCCCACUUUCUGCAGGUUCCGAGCCGCCUGCACCGCGCGCAGCUUGUCGCACACGAGCUCCCAGUACUUCUUGCCCGCGUCGCCGUCCCCCUCGCCCGCUACGACGUAGUUCCCCGGCACGGCGACCGCGCCGUUGGACGGCCCCGCGGGCGCCCGCUUCCCCAGCGAGGCCUUCAUCUCCUCGCGCGCCUGCCGCCGACGCGACUUCUCCUCCUUCUUCUCGCGGACCCGCCUCCGCGCCUCGGCCAGGUCCUCGACCUCCUGCGCGGCUGCCUCCUGCCGCCGUCGCUCCUCGUCGCGCACGCGCUGCGCCUCGGCCAGCCGAUCUCGCUCCUCCUGCAUGGCCGCGCGCUCCCGCUGCGUCUUUUCGCUGCGCGCCCGCGCCGCCGCCUGCUCCGCCGCCUCGAGGUCGUCGGCGAAACGCUUGCGCUCCUGGUCCAUGGCCUGGCGCUCCUGGCGGCGAAGGAGCUUGGCCGCGGACGCGGCGUCGUAGGCGGCCCGCGCCGGGGGGUCCGCGAGCACGUCACGGGCGCGCUCAAAGAGCUCCCACUUCGCGGCGUCAAAGUCGGCGCCCGCCUUGUCCGGGUGGUACUUGAGUGACCGCUUGCGCCAGGCGCGAUGGAUGUCCUCCUUGGUAGUCAGGGCGUCGACGCCCAGCAGCUCGUACAGGUCGACAUCCUGCUCGGCGUACUCUCCGGCCAACCGCAGCAGGUCCCGGUUGUCGUCGCUCAUGAUCGCGGGCGGGAUGCGGCGAGGACGUGUCCGUCAGAUGAAGUGGUGAGAAUGGGCCAGCAGUGAUGUGGGUAAGAGCGUGUUGAGCUGGGCUAGCGGAAGAGGGGCAUCGAGGAUUGGGGUGCCUAAGGCUCUGGGAAUGAAACAAACGUGAAAACUCGGCCGCAAGGAAGACGCAAGUUUCCGAGACGCCAAGCAAAAGAGUUGAAGUGUGUUUGGCGUUGAGAACUUGAGAAGAACCAGGUGGUCCCCAAGGCGGCAGGCAGUUGAGGUCUCGUUUGGGUGAUGAGUCAGCCGAAAAU